AUCGCUUCUCGGCCAAUUUGGCUUAGAUCGUUGUUAGUAUCUGUUCUUGUCAGCGUAAUAUCUGACAUUCCUUUCAUUGAAAGGAAAUGAUGUUACAGCUUUUUUUGUGAAUAGGACAGGCUUUAGUGCUUGCACUUGUCCGUCCAAGGGUUGACCUCUUAUUGCAUUAAAGGGGGGGAUCGGCCCAAUUACUCUCAUUAGAGAGUACAUUUCAUUUAAAAUAAGUAAUUAAGGGGUUUCAGCAAUUCCGAAAUUGGUUUUAUACAUAUAAACUAGAGAAUAAGUUAUAUUGCCAUUUCUCUUGUAGAGUCUUAUCUCCAACAAUUGUUUUAAAUAUGAAAGAAUUCAAAAUAAAUCCAACAGAAAAACAUCAAUAAUAACUAAAUGAAUGAAUAUCAGCAGGUGCAGGUUAAAUACAUACUAACUAGUGUAUAUGGAUCGGAAGAGGAAUUGAUUAAGUAAAAAAAAAAGGCUGUCAUCAUUUUUCCAUUUACUGAAAAUACAUUUUCUGAUGUGAAACAAUGAGAAAAUAUCUAAAAGGUAUGUAAAUAUGAUAAAUACUCAAAUUUUAGAUUUUAACAUUCCUCCACUAGUAACAUACAUUUAUUUCAUUAAUACAACAAAUAUUUACAUUUGUUAUUAUUUUAAGAUAGAAAUUCAAAACUAGGUUAUUGUUUAUUAAUUAAUGUUUCUUUAACAUCAAAGUCAUUGUUUUACAUGCAAAAAAUUUAUUUGAAUCAUAAAUGCUGCUUAUCGAUCGUCCUUGAACAUUAGGCUUUUAUGGACCUACACUCUUUCAAGCUAUAUUUUAAAAAAAAAAUUGUAAGCACACAGUUUUCUAUAAGAGCUUGGCAACGUUCAAAACCGGUUCGGUUUCGAAUUAUUGAAGCGUGUCGCAUGAUCUGGCUGUAGACAUUUUCAUAAUAAAGAGUAUUUUACAAAGGAUUUUAUUUAAUUUCUCCAUGUUGAAAUGUUUACUGGAAUAGAUAUUUCUACAGAUAAUUUGAAGACUCACUGUGUUGAGAAUUAUAACGGAAAGAAGGGACUAAAUAAUGGUGAACGGAGUACUUACUUGCAAAAAUUAUUUCCUAAAAGAUUUGGGUCAAUUAAUAGAGCAUUAGACCAAAUUUUGAAUGGUAAGGUGAAAAUAAAAAGAUUGAAAAAUGAUGAAAUUGAAAAAUGGUUGAAAAAGCCAACAAAUAAAUCUUCAAAGACAACACAAGAUGUUCUAUGCUCAGUUACAACAGCUGAUGUAAAAGAAGAAUUGGCUGGAAAAGAUCCUGAAAAGGAUAAUACUUUUUCUAUGGCACAUGAGCAAGAAAAGAUACUUGAAAGUUCUGACAAAGAGAUAAUGGAUAAAACAUUUUCCUAUUUUGCUCCCCUGGUAAAUGGUAAAACAAUGGCUUAUCCUAAAUGUGGAACAGCUUCUUCAAAUGGAGGAGCUGAAAAGGUUUUGGAAUUUCACAAUUCAACAAUAUAUUACCAAUGCUUAAUGUGCUGUGAGAACAAAGAUUGUUUGGUUGAGCUAAUUGAGCAUAAUGUCAGAAAACAUCUUUCUGAGAGCAUAAUGAAAUGCGGUUAUUGUUUUAAGUUGUUAAAUAAAACUUCUUUUGAAAUAUACCUUCAUCAGCGAAUGGAACAUUUUUCUUUACCUGUUAAAAUUGAAGAAUUUUCACUAAAGAAGGAUGCUUGCAAAAGGGUUAUUUUCUAUCACAUGUGUUUGAUUUGUAAUCAUUCAACAUUGAAUGUAAAUCAUGCAUUCUAUCAUGCUAGUCAACAUGUAAACAAUGUGAUAUCGAAUUGUCAGUUAUGCUCAUCAAUAGAAUACCAGCCAACUAUGAAUGAAGUAUGGAACAAAGCCAAACUUCGAGGAUACUUUAAAUUAAAGCCUCAAACUCAAAACAUGUCUGGAGAGAAACAAGGAGAUUUUACAUUUGAAGAAUUGUUUGAAAAGAAGACUUUUCCAUCUAAUUUUCCGUUGAAACUGAACAAUGAGAUCUCUGAAUUCACUUCAAAAGAAGGACAAUCUAGUACAAUUGCUCAAAAUGGAGGAGAGGAUGCAAUUAAUAAACCUAAAAGUAGUAAAAUCUGUCCAAAAAGUAGUCCAAGCAAUGAAAACGGUGCAAGUGAAGUAAUUGAUCUAAGAUUAGAUAAUAUGGAACAAUUGAAUAAUGUUAGAGAAAAACCGAUAUAUUAUAGUUGCAAAAUAUGCGGUGCAAAUUCUUCAAAAAAGACUAGAAUUGAGGAUCAUAUCAAAAAACAUACCAACGAUUAUGCUUAUCAGUGCUCACAGUGCUCUUAUAAAGAUAAGAAAGAGUUGAAGAGGUUGUGCUUGAAGAAAUGUAAAUUUCAAUACCAGUUUCCGACGUCGCUUAUUAAGAUUCAAGAGACAAUACCGCUAAACUUUCCUGUCAAUCACAUUGAAAAGACCAAGCUUUCUUCAUUAACUUGGACAAGAAUGGCCUUUGGCAAGGACACCCCACCCUCUCUUUCGCACAACGAAAGUGGACGAACUUUUCCAAAUUCUCCACCUCUGUAUUUACCUCCCCAGCCUCAGCCUCAGCCUCAGCCUCAGCCCUCAGUACCGCUACAAAUACCAAUACAACAAACUCAACCUCAUAUUUCUCAUGCUCCUCCAUCAAUUAUUUUUUCUGAGCCUUAUCAGUUUCAAAGACCACCAGUUGAAAUGGUUGCAAACAAUUUUAAACCAAAGACUUAUGAUAAAUUUACUACCCAGCUAAAAGCAUCUUAUAGUGGCAAUGAUAGAUUGAGAAAUCCAGUAAUGACAACACAACAACAUAAAUAUUCAAGCAGUGAAUCUCAUUCUAUAAACGCAACACCUUUUCCAUAUCCUCAGUCAGCAAAGUCAAUGUUUGAAAGAAACGCCUUCUAUCCAACAAAAGGAUCAAAUAUGAAAGACAGGCAAUUUGAACUGAACAACAAUGCAAACCGGAAUGUAAUGUCGAAUUUGGAAAAACUUGAGAGGGUCAUCACCUGUAGACUAGCGGAAAAUAAAACAAAUUCUUCACAUAGUGUUGCAUUCCAUUGCAGAUAUUGUCCCCAUACAACAAAAGAUCCAUCUCAUCUGUUUAAUCAUAUUAAUAAUCAGCAUAAACUUCGAUUAAGUGAAUUAGAUAAGUUUCACUUAAUAAGACUCUCCUCUCAAAAGAUGAGAAUUUUCCCCUUUAUUCUAAGCAACAUGAACAACAGCGAAUUUGGGAUAGCGGUAAGGGCUCUACAGAGACACUGGGUGGCCAAAUAA